GGCGGCGCUGCAGCCGGAAGCGGGAACGGAGCGGCUGCCGGUGAGGCGGGUGAGGGCCGGGCGGUGUGGAGCGGCGCGGUCUGGCGGGGGGUUCUGGCGGUCGCGAGUGCGGGGAGCUGUUUCGUUCCGUUCCGUUCCGCUUUACCGGCAGCGUCUGCCGGCCACCAGAGGGGAAGCCUGGCGGGGCGGCCCGGGGCACCGGCUGUGGGGCAGGCCAGGCCGGGGCCGAGGCCUGGGUGGGGUGGAGCGGCGGACCUGUGGGGAGCUGCGGCGGCAGUAGCGUUGGCUGAGGAGACGGCACCGGGGCUCAACCCGGAGCCCGGGAACUCCCCCUGUUCGUGGCGGCGCUGCUGGGCCGGGGGUUUCGGGCGCUCGUACGGGACCCGGAGACCGUGGGGGCUCUGUGAGGAUCCCGACCCCCCCCGGCCGUAGGGCUGAGCACGGCGCUGCGGCUCUGCCGAGGCGCGGGGGGAGCAGAGGGCAUCGGGUGCCCCUGCGUUGCUGCGCUGUGAGGUGAAGUGAGAAUCAGGGGAUGAGAAAGCGGGCAGAAGGGGGCGGGGCUCACAGCCGCCACCAGAAGGGAGCCGCGCUAACGCAGCCCUCUUCCCGCCGUCCCGUGUCGGGCGGUGCUGGGGCUCCUGCAAUGCGGGGCACGCGGAGACUGCGCUCGGGUGACUGACGCUGCGGCUUUGCCAGGGGUGAUGACAUGGCCUCUGCGAGCUCCAGCAGGGCCAGGGCAGGGCUGCCCUGCGAGAAGUCCCAGCUCUCUGUGAAAGUGGUGUCCGUGAAGCCCAAGGCCCACAGCCGCCAGUCACGGAUGAACUGCUACGUGGAGGUGGCAGGCGAUGGGCUGCCCAGCGAGACCAAGAAGACGGGAAAGCAGAUGGGGAGCUCUGAGCUGCUGUGGAACGAGAUCCUCAUCCUGAACGUCACGGCUCAGAGUCACCUGGACCUGAAGGUAUGGAGCUGCCAUACGCUGAGGAACGAGCUGCUGGGCACCGCCUCUGUCAGCCUCUGGAACCUGCUCAAGAACGGUGGAAAAUUGGAGAACAAGCAGCUGACCCUGAACCUGCAGACAGAGAACAAAGGCAGUGUUGUCUCCGGUGGAGAGCUGACGAUUUUCCUGGACGGCCCGGCUGUUGAUCUGGGAAGCCUGCCGAAUGGCAGUGCUGUGACAGAGGGUGAGUGCCGCCCGGCUCCGCAUGCAUGCAGCAGCUCUGUGCACGAGGCGGUGAGCAGCAGCGGGGCUGAGAGCACGGCCCCCAGCACCCCUGAGCAAACAUCUGAGUGCCGACAGCCACCUGCUCCCCCAGGGUCCCAGGUGCCUGGACGGGACCCCAGCAGCAUGGCUGCAGCCACGGAGAGCAGACAUCAGUCUGCCACCACAAACUGCUUUGGGAGCAGAUCAAGGACACACCGCCUCGCUGCCGGGGCCUCCAGGCAGGGUGCAGGCAGUGGGGAGCAAAGUCCUAACGCACGGAGCCGGCACCGGCAGCCGCCCAAGAGCCUGACGCCCAGCAGCAGCAUGGCCAACGGCACUGCCAGCAGCACCGUGAAUGGUGAUGUGGUGGGAGCUGUGGACAUGGAAGAGGAAAGGUCAGCUGCAGGGACUGCCACGCUGUCUGCGGGGACAUCGAGCACAGCUGAUGGCUCUGUCACUGCAUCCACCCUUCCUGCCCUGCCUGGCUCCACAGAAGCUGAGGAGGCAGCACCCAGCACCCCGCAGGCACGGACAACAGUGCAGGCUCAGGACUCUCUGCCCCCCGGGUGGGAGCAGCGGGAGCUGCCAAAUGGUAGAGUCUACUAUGUAGACCACAACAACAAGACCACCACGUGGGAACGGCCGCUCCCGCCGGGGUGGGAAAAGCGCGUGGACCCCAGAGGCCGCUAUUACUACGUGGACCACAACACCCGCACCACCACGUGGCAGCGCCCCACGGCCGAGUAUGUCCGCAACUAUGAGCAGUGGCAGUCCCAGCGCAGCCAGCUGCAAGGAGCCAUGCAGCAGUUCAGCCAAAGAUUCCUGUACCAGCCGUCCGGCGCCCCAUCCGACAAUGAUCCUCUCGGCCCCCUUCCUCCUGGCUGGGAAAAGAGACAGGACAACGCGCGGGUGUAUUACGUGAACCACAACACGCGGACCACACAGUGGGAAGACCCUCGCACACAGGGGAUGAUCCAGGAGCCACCCCUGCCACCUGGCUGGGAGAUGAAGUACACCAAUGAAGGUGUGCGCUAUUUUGUGGACCACAAUACACGUACCACCACCUUCAAGGACCCACGGCCAGGAUUUGAGUCUGGGAGCAAGCAGGGUGGAUCACCAGGUGCAUAUGACCGGAGCUUUCGCUGGAAGUACCACCAGUUCCGCUUCCUCUGCCACUCAAAUGCCUUGCCCAGCCAUGUGAAGAUCAGUGUUUCCCGACAGACCCUCUUUGAGGACUCCUUCCAGCAGAUCAUGAACAUGAAGCCCUACGACCUGCGGCGCCGCCUUUACAUCAUCAUGCGCGGUGAGGAGGGCCUGGACUACGGCGGCAUCGCCAGGGAGUGGUUCUUCCUCCUGUCCCACGAGGUGCUCAACCCCAUGUACUGCCUCUUCGAGUAUGCCGGCAAGAACAACUACUGCCUGCAGAUCAACCCCGCCUCCUCCAUCAACCCUGACCACCUCACCUACUUCCGCUUCAUCGGCCGCUUCAUUGCCAUGGCUCUGUACCACGGGAAGUUCAUUGACACCGGCUUCACACUGCCCUUCUACAAGCGGAUGCUGAACAAGCGGCCCACACUGAAGGACCUGGAAUCCAUUGAUCCAGAGUUCUACAACUCCAUUGUCUGGACCAAGGAGAACAGCCUGGAGGAGUGCGGCCUGGAGCUCUACUUCAUCCAGGACAUGGAGAUUCUGGGCAAGGUGACCACCCAUGAGCUGAAGGAGGGCGGCGAGAGCAUCCGAGUGACAGAGGAGAACAAGGAGGAGUACAUCAUGCUGCUGACGGACUGGAGGUUCACACGGGGUGUGGAGGAGCAAACCAAGGCGUUCCUGGAUGGCUUCAAUGAAGUGGUGCCACUUGAAUGGUUGCGGUACUUUGAUGAGAAGGAGCUGGAGCUGAUGCUGUGCGGCAUGCAGGAGAUUGACAUGAACGAUUGGCAGAAGAACACCAUCUACCGGCACUACACCAAGAACAGCAAACAGAUCCAGUGGUUCUGGCAGGUGGUGAAGGAGAUGGACAAUGAGAAGAGGAUCCGCCUGCUGCAGUUUGUGACUGGGACGUGCCGCCUGCCUGUCGGGGGCUUCGCAGAGCUCAUCGGCAGCAAUGGGCCUCAGAAAUUCUGCAUCGAUAAAGUUGGCAAAGAGACGUGGCUGCCUCGGAGCCAUACAUGCUUUAACCGCUUGGAUCUGCCUCCCUACAAGAGCUACGAACAGCUGAAGGAGAAGCUGCUGUAUGCCAUUGAGGAGACGGAAGGCUUUGGCCAGGAGUGAUGGAGCCCUGCUGCUCUCCCAGCAGCUCCGGCGGUGCUCACAGCACUGCUGCCUGCGGGAUGGUGCGGGCCGUGCUGAUUCUGUUCUCUUGUUUCUGUGCGAGGUCUGCACACACAGCCCUGGGGAAGCGUCCACGAGUCCCUCCCAGCCCAAACUGAAGGUUGGGAUGGGGAAGUGGGGGUGAAAGCCCGGCCCUGCUCAGCCUGGGGCUGAGGAAGAGCCAAACCCAGCCUUAUGCACACAGUGUGCGCCACAGCUCCCGUCCCCUCGCUGGGGCACUGAGGGACACGAGUCCUGCAUGGGGUUGUGGGCUGCACUCCCUGUCCCAGAGGCUGCUCCGUGUUAGUGGGGUUGUCCCUGCUUGUGGGAAAUCACUGUGCACCUGGAAAUGGACACAAGCAGCUUCUGACUGAUGCGCUGAAGCCAAACCCUGUGUUCUCCGCAGUUUGUUUUGCCCCUCUCCCUGUAGCAGUUACGCAGCUCUUCCCCCUGUGGCACAGAGCCACCGAUGGACUGGCCCUGACUUAAGGAGCCAGGCUGGGGCUUUUCCCAGGCUUAGUUAAGCGAGAUCUGGUUUAGGUGUAGGCUGUCGUCCCGCCCCCCCAACCCCCAUAUUUUCAGCCUUUCUGUGGCGUUUCAGUAGAUACAUUGAGGAUGAGAAGUGGCUCUUGAGCUGACUCAGGUGCUCAUAAAGACAAAUGUUUGGGCCCUAUCCUGCUCCCAGCAAAGUACUGGGGUGCCUGCAGUGGGUGCAGGCAGGGCUGGGCCUGGCACCAUGCUCCACUUUGCUACUGUUUUGAGUUGCCAGUGUGCAGUGCAGCCGUGCUGUUGGGUAUUUAAAGCCAGUGCUGGGAGCUGGUGCUCUGCAGCUUGUGCAAGGCUCAACUACCCCCAUCCUGUGCUGUGCCAGGAGCUUCCAGAGCUGUGGUAAGGGCAGGAUCAGGCCCUGCCCAUGGCUCUGUUGUACACUGGGUGAAGGGCCGUGGUGUCCCGGCUGUGGCUCUAGGACAGGGCCCUGGUGAGCAAGCAUUGGUGUGUGUCUAUCUGUACAUAAAUGAAAUCGUGGAUACAAAGCUCUGAAAUAGCUUCUGACCAGUAACUGGAGCAUUUUGUACUGCACCAUCCUGCCUCAGUGAUGCCGAUUUCUUGUGCAAUAAAAGACAAGCAGCUGCCA